AUGAGCAUAUGUGCACGCGUGUGUCUGUCUGUGGACGUGAAUGUGCGGCUUCGCGUGUGGGAGAGAGCUCGUGCGUCCCUGUCGCAGCUGGUGGACCCAAACAGAGCUCGUGCGUCCCUGUCGCAGCUGGAGGACCCAAACAGAGCUCGUGCGUCCCUGUCGCAGCUGGUGGACCCAAACAGAGCUCGUGCGUCCCUGUCGCAGCUGGUGGACCCAAACAGAGCUCGUGCGUCCCUGUCGCAGCUGGUGGACCCAAACAGAGCUCGUGCGUCCCUGUCGCAGCUGGAGGACCCAAACAGAGCUCGUGCGUCCCUGUCGCAGCUGGUGGACCCAAACAGAGCUCGUGCGCCCCUGUCGCAGCUGGUGGACCCAAACAGAGCUCGUGCGCCCCUGUCGCAGCUGGUGGACCCAAACAGAGCUCGUGCGUCCCUGUCGCAGCUGGAGGACCCAAACAGAGCUCGUGCGUCCCUGUCGCAGCUGGAGGACCCAAACAGAGCUCGUGCGUCCCUGUCGCAGCUGGUGGACCCAAACAGAGCUCGUGCGUCCCUGUCGCAGCUGGAGGACCCAAACAGGCCCGGCGAUCGGACUCCGAGAUUCGACUCGACGGCCAAUCUUCGAGCUCUACAUAACCUCUCGGCGAAAAAGCGACCGUUUUCCUUCGCCAUGCUGUCUGGGUCAAAAAUGCGAGAACAAAAGAAGUAA